UUGAUCAUGUAUACACGCCAUCUUGUCACACAGCUUAGAUGUCGUUCAACUCAUCGAUAUCCCAAGUUUAUAUAAAGUUUAAAAGUAACGUUAAAAAAGAUUCAUUCUUUCCAAGAGAUCAUCAUAGAAGGUGACGUCAUAAUACAUAAAAGAGGAUCAAUAAAAACAAGCCUGGAGUAAACUUUCAACCUUCUGCUGCAUAAGUAACCACGCCAUCUUCGGCAAAUAUUAGGUGAAUAAGGCAUCUUGGAGAGCUUACCACAACAGAUCACUACUCUGAUUACCAUGGCAACUAACUUCACCCUAGACCAACAAUGUGAAGGAAAUGAGUGUCAAUCAAUCACAGAUGUGACGUACUACGUGUAGGAGAAGAAGAGACUCUGUGAUGACUGCGCCUCAAAAGAAGGAUGCGUCGCAAGAGUUAAAAGAGGUGUACCAAAUAUUUAUUGUGAAGAACAUGAUGAAAAGGUAAAAUUAUAUUGUAAAAGUCAUGGUAAACCGUUGUGUGCUUUUUGUGCAUUAGAUCAUUUAGACCCAUGUGUGCGACAAAAUAUGGAUGUCGCAAUUGGAGACCUUCAAGCAAAUCUUACAAGUAUAAAAGAAAAAGGGCGGGACAAAUUAAAAGAAGGUCGUCUUUAUGAAGGUGAAAUUGACCAAUGCACGAAAGACACAGACACACAUCUACAAGCUUUGACAGAUGAAGUUAAUUCCAUAAUCAAGGAUGCGAUCAAUUUAGAUAAAGUCAAGGAGAAGAUGGAGGCUGACAAAAUCAACCAAGAAUUUGAUGAUCAGAAUCAAGUACUUCAAGAGGAGAUUAUGAAGAUCAAUGAGAAGAUUAGAAAGAACAAUGAAGAGAGGGAGAAACAACUUGAAUUAAUCCAUACAAAUGCACAGAUUAGACAAAGACACAUGGACAGUAAGAAGAUUGGUCUUCAUAGAGACAUUGAUAACAUUGUUAAAGAGAAGGAUAGGAAGAUCAGAGAGUUGAUGAAAUCAUUACAGGAUGACACAAAAACAAUAGAGAAUGCAAUACAAACCAUAGAUACAGUACUAGAAGACGAUAAAAACAUUGUUAAAGAUGGUCAUAGUGUGAACAUGUCAGUGAGUGAUAAACUAAAGAAACCACUUUAUAAGAAUGAUGUGAAACAAAUCACUGAUAGAAUAUCAUGUGUGAGGUUUGUGAAGAGUGUUGGGAGAGAAAAGUAUGAUGGUAGGAUUGGUGGGUAUGAUGGCGAGUGGAUGCUUAGUGAUACAAUCAGUGUCAAAGAUAAAAUCACAUACCCAAUUAUUGUGGGUUGCAUAGAUGAAUGUAAUGUGAUCAUCAAUGGCAUAGUCUCAGGUAGCCCGCAUACAUACAUGUUAGAUAUUAACACUAACCACAUCCAGAGAGUGAUAACGGGUACUAAUACAUCAUUGGUAAUCUCCUGUGCAUUACUGAAUGGUGGCAAUAUAGUGUGUGGUAGACGCUAUAAAGGUUGUACAGGGGACAGUUUGACUGGAUGCAUCAGUGUGUAUGACAGACAAUGGAUGCGCAUCAAUGACGUCACAAUACAAAGAAACACAACGCACGAUACCUCAUCGGUGCAUGUAGCUGUUGACCGUGAUGGGAUGAUCAUCGCUGCUGAGAGGGGUCAGUCUAUUAUAUACGUCAUCAACCCAGCUGAUAGUAAGAUCGUGAAUACCAUCACAUGUAAACAGGAUGUAGUGAUGCGAGGUGUGCUAUCAUCAGGUCACAUCAUCGCUCAACCUUACCCUCUUGGUAAGAGAGUACUAAUCAUAGACAGACAGGGUGGUCAAAGGGAAAUCCCCCACAAUGAUGACAUCUAUAAUGUCAGUGUUGAUCCUAUAACAGAUGACAUGUACGUUGUGACAUUAGACGACGAGUACAAGACAUGUAUGAUUGAUCAGGUGAUGAUUGAGAAUGAAGUGAAGAAGAGAAGAGUGACGUCAUUCCCUCUAUCAACUAGAAUGACUGAUCAAUGGACUGUGGUGCAUAGGCGAUAUCACCUUUUCUUAUCUCGUGUAAUGAUCUCAUCAUCAGGCAAGAUAAUUACUUCUGAUGGAGACAGUAUUCUCGUCUUCGAAAAGCGGCUCACAUUCUAAACGAUGAUAUGUCGGAUCAUUCACUAUGAUGAAUAUGAGACACACUGACCAGAAUAAUACCAUCUUUGGAUAAUUGAAAUAUCUGUAGCAGUGAGGCCUAUUAUGACCUAAUAACUCUGAUCUAUUUAAAACAUCACGGUUAACAAUAGGCAUUUCUAAAAAAAAUAAUAAACCCCAAAACUCCCGUAUCAAAGAACAUGUAUCAUGCAUGUGGAAAUGGGUUUCUAUAUCAUUGGUUGAAAAUAUUAUUGGCGAGGUCAUAUUGCAUAAAAUAUGACGAGCCGUCAUCAUCAUCAAGCCUACACGCCACGAUGGAUUUCCUUUAGAAAGUAUUGCUUUGCAAAAUGUAUAAUACAUCUUGUAAUACUUAUUUUCACAACUUAUAUUACGACUAAUACUACAGUUUUGUUAUAUAAUACCUUUGUAUAUUUUGACAUUCUGAUACCGAUGUGAAUGCAGAAAUAAAAGGAAAUCAAAAUAAAUAAAGUCAUAGUGGCAUAAUGCCAUAUUUUAUAUUUCCAUAUUUUCUGGUAUUUGAAAGAUAGAUAACCAAACACACUUCCGAUUUGAAGGUGCAGACAUUGAUCAGAUUCUACUGAGUGCAGUGGCUGAACAACUUAAUUAAAGAAUGUACAAGAAUCCAUAGAUUUAUCGUAAAAUUUAACAAAGAGAUAUAAAUCAAUACAGAUUAAUCAUUUUCUCUCAAUUGGACUGGUAAUCCUCACUUAGCGAAUGAAAUAUGCAUUCUUUUUAUGGACAAGGUUUAAAUUACUUCCAUAAAAAUGUGCCAUGAGCCUGUCAGACUUCUAAUUUAAACAUUGGUGUCACAUUUCUGUUUCAAUCUCAUCUGUUUCACUUGCCAUCCUAAUAGCAAUUAGGUUUCUAUCAGCGAACAAACUAAGAGCAAAACACUAACAAGACUGAUUGGAAUACGAUUCAAUGUAGAUUUAUUAAUUUUGGCCUUUUAAGUGCAAACAUAAGGGACCCCGUCGUAUAAAAAAUAUUCACUUUUAGCCCAAAUAUUGGCCAAGAGCGUUUUUCUUAAAUAUGUUUUCCUUUUAGCAUCAUUCUUUUAUCAAAUAAACUAAGAAAUAUAAUACAAGGUUUCAUGAAUUCAACGGUGUAUAUAAAGUAAAUAACGUAUAAGAUUAAGGGAACUUGGCGCGCCAAGUCGACUGCUAAUUGCAAAUACAGAUAUGGAACAUAAAUAUGCACAAUACUUAUUAAAGGGGGACACAUGGAUAUUUCACAUGCUUAUGUUAUGUUGCAUGGUUGACUGGCAUGGAGAGAGAGAGAGAGUGCGGGGGCUAAUAGGAAGAUAAAUGUAAGAUGAUUGGACAGAAAGAAAGGAGGGAGAAGAUGAUGAGUAGAAUCUGUUUCAACAAUAUACAUCGAUCCCUUAAUAUACUGUAUAGUCAUGUCUAUGUGUAGUAGGUCAAUUGAGUUUGCUAAAACCGUUACUGAGAGGGUUAAAAGUUGUGCAUUGUUUUUUCAAUAGAAUGUUUAUUCGAGAAAAAAAUUCUAUAUUUUGACAUAAUUCAUAUACUGAGAAACCAGUGAACUAACACUUGAUAAAGUUAUGAUAAAAUCAUUGUAUUUACACGAAAUAUAUUCAGCCAUUUUUUAAACAACCUUUAUGAAAGGCAGACCCACUAUGUACAGUAUAACUGAAAAUGGUGAAUUUUAAAAUAACAGUUUGCUUUUGGAUAUUUGUUUUCAAUCAGACCAUUAACAAUAAUGAUCAAUAUCAGAAUCAUGUAAAAUAAAUGUUUAUUCAUCUUGGCCUUAUUUACAUAAAGAAUUGUAAGCCUUGCGUAAGAAAUAUUUUGUUUUGAAAUGUAGUACUGUAAAUAGUUCAGUUUUUUUUAUAGUUAUGAAACUAUCAUUAUGUAAUAAGAAUUCGUCUUUGAUUGAUGUUGAUGGUUCCAUAGCAAAAUCAAACUGCAAAUUGGUUCAAUCUUUUAUGCACAAUAUAAACAUAUAUUUGGGAAAUUAUGUGUAUUUCUCUUAUACAUGAGACUUAAGUGAUUUUUGUUUUAACAUAAGGUUUAUAUAUUAUACCUUAUUCUUUAUAUUCAUGAUACCAUACUGCUCAAUAUGGUGACAAUGAUGAUGAUGAUGAUGAUAAUGAUGAUGAUGACGAUGGUGAUGGUGAUGAUGAUGAUGAUAAUGAUGAUGAUGAUCGUGAUGAUGAUAAUGAUGAAGAUGACGAUGGUGAUGGUGAUGGUGAUGGUGAUGAUGAAGAUGAUGAUGAUGAUGAUGAUGAUGAUGAUCGUGGUGAUGACGAUGAAAAUGAUGAUGAUGACGAUGGAGAUAAUAUUGAUAAUAAUGGUGACGGCAAAGAAUACAGUGACUAGUAUAAGAAUUUUAAUCUGUUAUUUAAAGAUAAAAGAUAACUGUACAAAUAAUGUUGUUAUCGAUUGUAUUUUAUAAACUUGUCGUGGCCGAGGGGUCUAAGGCGCCUGGCUAUACAUUGAAAGUCCGGGGUUCGAUCCCAGGCCGCGGUACCUAUACCCGUGAGCAAGGCAUUCAAUCUAAAAUUCUCUUUUAUCCUGCUUUCAAAUAGAUGGAAAUGCUUUGUGCAUUAUUGGUAACUAGGUGUGCACUUGUUUAAAAAAAAAUAGGUGAACGGUAAAGAACAAUAUGCGCGUAGAAAUUUUGAAUUAAUUCAUUCUUAAUUCUGUUAAUAAUAUUAAUGCUAUUUUUUGUCGGUGAGAUUAUUAUUCUUCUCCAAUGGUUUUAGUUUGUACGUGUCCAAUGAUUUGAUAUGAUGAAAACCAUGUUACAUAACCUCAUACUCUUUCAAUUUGGUAGAAAUCAUAAUGCUUGUUUUUUUUACAGUGAGUUUAAUUGAAAACAGUUCAUUCAAUAAUAACUUUGCAACUUUGACACUCUUUCGUCCUCAGCGAAGUGCAGAGAUCACUUGGUAAAAAACUUGUUUAAAAAAUUGUUUUAAAAUCAUCAUAUCGUAUCUCCUUAUCAAAUAUGAGAAAGAAUUAUCAAAUGAUUAUAUAAUGUGUUAAUGUUAUGUCCAACGUUUCAUGUUAAGCCCUUAAUGUAUAAUUUCUUAUGAUAAGCGCAUGAUGUAAGUAAUAUUAUUCCUUACACUCUAAAAAAGGUUUACCCAAUAUUGGGUAAAAUGGUAACAUGCAUGUUGGUUGGGUAAAAAGAUACCCAGUAUGGUGUCAAUUUAACGCAAUGUUGCGUUGAAAUAACCCAAUAUGGGGUAAAAAAAUACCCAGCAAACAUGCAUGUUGCCUUUCUACCUAAUAGUGGGUAAAAUUUUACUCAGUGUUUUUAGAGUGUAAUGAGAUAUAUUCUCUAAUAAAAAGGAAGUACAGUAGUGCUAAAAAAAAUAGUGAACCCACCAGAAAAUGAACAUAUAUAUUUGAAAGUGUUCAAAUUCUGUCAUCGUUUGAAAUAUUUUAUUGUGCAGUUAGGUGACAAAAUAAAACGUAAUAUAGUUUGGUUAACAAUCCAUAUGCACCAGUCCACUUUCUGGUGUGGUUUACUUACUUUUAAGCACCACUGAAUAUUUAAUCGACAUGAAUCGUAAAUUAGAAAAUUCAUUUCAGUUUAUUUAUGAGGUAGGUUUGUGAGUCGCUGGCCAUUUAAGAUACAAACUAGGAGAAAUUGUUUUAUUCAAUGUAUUUCCGCCCAACAUUGAAUGAUAUAUUUCUCGUUUGUUUCUAGCCUUUCAGAGAACCUACAUGGCGUCAAAAGAAUUUCAACUUGAAUAACUUCUAUUAUUUUCUUUCUCACUCUGAUUCAUUUGCGCGUAAUCUAUUGCCUUUGGGAAUGGUGGCUUCAUAUCACAGUAGUUUUGCCUUUUUGUCAAUGUGUAUUUUGAGCAAGCUGAUUUCGAACAAUAAUUGAGAGCAAUUGUUCACAGUCUGUGAGCAAGAGAAACGUAUUGGGAAAUCCAAUUCGGUCAUCAUUUCACACAAAAAUAUGCGAUCAAUCGUAAGUGGCAAUGGCAAAUCAAGAUCAUGGUUGAAGGUACAUAAUUGUUCAGAAUAAUUAGAAUGAACUGACCCGAAUCAAAACUUACAAUGAGAUAUUGAUCGUAAAUGUGUGUGUGUUACGAGGUCCUGAUCGUAGUUGUACAUUGGACUCUGUUGUUAAAUCACUUCUUUAUGGCUGAAUGCAGACACACAUUAAUUCUCGUUUGCUUUGUUCCAUGAUAUCUGUAAACUUGUGAAUAUUUGUAAAUAAUAAGAUCGGCUUCACAUUAA